ACGCAUUUCCACCGGAUAAUUUCUCAACUAAUUAUUACUAUGGCUACUUUAGGUUCUUGUUGCACUGAAAAAAUCUUACACGAAGGUACUCCUGCUGGAUCCUACUCCACUGUUCACGGUCUCGAUACCUAUGUCACCGGGGACGUUACCAACAAAAAGAUCCUCGUGAUUAUUACCGAUAUAUUUGGGUACAAGCUCAACAAUGUUCUUUUACUUGCAGAUCAAUUGGCCAAACUCGGCGGUUACAAGGUGUUGAUUCCUGACAUUUUUGACGGUGACAUAUUUGUUGCCGGCAAUGACGUCCAGGCCUGGUUCCCCAAACAUCUGGAAUCUAUCGUUGCUCCUAUCAUCAACGACUUCUUGAAGAAGUUGAAAGAGGACGAAAAACCCACCUUCUUGGGCGGAAUUGGGUACUGCUUUGGUGGAAAGUACGUAAUGCAGCACUUGUCCAAAGACGGGUACUUUGACGCCGGGGCCACUCCUCACCCAUCUCUUGUGGUAACUGCAGACGUGGAAGCAAUUGAAAGACCCCUUUUGAUUUCCACUCCUUAUGCCGACCAGAUGUUUGGCAAUGACCUUAGACGUGAGACUGAGGACAUCUUGUCCAAGAAAGAGGGCCUCAAGUGGGAAAUCACUCUUUUCUCCGGAGUCACCCACGGUUACUCUGUCAGAGGAGAUAUUUCCCAACCUCAGAUCAAGUAUGCCAAGGAGAAGACUGUCAUGGACCAGUUGGCUUUCUUUGCCAACUGUCAGUAGGAGAUACAAUCCAGUAGAUAUAGCUGUUAUUUACAUGGCUUAACCUAGAUAAGCCAAUAGACUAAAUCCUUCUAUCGCCGGUUUGUCCAUUGUAAAA